AUGCAUUCAAUGGAAGAACCACCGUCAGAAGUCCAGAACUGCUCAGCGGCCGAAGAAACAGAAACUUCUUUCAAGGUCUUCUGCAACGCUUCCUUUGACGAAAGCAAUGACCUGGAGGAACACUUCUAUGUGGAGAUCCGAGAACUGACAACCGGUGAGCUAUUGCAAAAUUUCAGCCUGAAUUUCCCAGAAGUAGCCGUGCGAGGACUGGAUCCUGGAACGUGGUACUCAGUAUCCGUGUUCGCCACCAACGAAGCUGGUCGAAGCAAGCCUUACCUUCUUGAGAUACAUACUCUAUCCAGACCUGCGACAACUAACAUAACAGGUACAGGAUGGAAUUUGGAAUCAAGUCCUCUAAUUUUCAUUAUCGGUGCUGGUGCAGGAGGAUUACUUCUGGUAGUGAUAAUUAUUUGCUGUGCUCUCAAAUAUCGAUUAUCUAGAAGAAAAAGCAAAGACUCACUUUCUGGACAAGUAAAUGAAAAGUCUGCCCACAAUUCUGAAAAAUCUGGCGAUUCUUGUUCAGAAGGCUGUACGUGUUCCACACGAGAAGAGGAAAAAAUUAGGGAGAAUAUACCAGAUGUUGUCGUGUUCAGCGAAAAGGCAAAAUCUGAAGAAGCCGAAAGAUUGAAAUAUUCAUCAAGCAGUGCAUACUGGAAUCCUAUCAACUUACCGACAGAUCAAGAAAUAUCACCGCAAUCCAAAUUAAAGGCUGUCGAAUCAACACCCCCUUGGUCAACAGCCGACUGGGUGAUACCUUCUCAACCCGUAGAGAUGGUCACAUUGCAGUUUCACAGACCGCCACCUAACGCGGAAGAAAGAAGCAAGACCCUUGGAAAGCAACCACUGGCCAUUCAGUCACUAUCCACCAUUCCCGAAGGACCAACGACAAUGGCCACUUCAUCAAGUAGCUUUGCCCCCCAACAGCCUGUCACUUGUGCAAAGCAAACUGAUGUAUGACCUGAUGUGAAAAAGAGUGGUGAGGAUGAAAGCAUCAAUAGGAAUGCCAGUACUUUUUGAAUGUACAUAUGAAAACAUUCUUAUGAGAAUGGAUUAAUUAAAGUAUAAGAGAUGUGAUACACUUUGUGAUAUAAUUUCGCACUCGAAUUUGGUUGAACGAUGUAGUAAUGAAGAGACAAAGAUUUAAUUAUAAUUUGGAAGAAUUGAAGAAUUUAUUUGAAGAAACGACGCUUCAUCAAGACGCUAAGACUUCAAGUCAAGUUGAGUGCUGUAAAACUCAAUUGUGGUGCCAGCAUGAUUUGCUGAAUAUUGUAGUAGUUUUUCAUGUUUUUUUUUAUCUUCUAGAAUACAGCUAACUCAUUAAUUUAGUA